UUCUAGGAUGGAAGGCGUUCCGGGCAGUUCGAAAAUGCAACCCGAAAUAUUUCAUAAAAAACCGGAGGAAUCGAGAGAAGAAAGGAAACGAGCGAAAGGAGAAUCGAAAUCUGAAACUAGAGGAACUUUUGCGUGUGGUUUUUGUCCUUUGAAUGAACAUUUUGACUACAAGGGGACAAAACCUCCCUUUGCGAGACAACUUCUCUAUUUGGAAGACUGUUACAUAAUGAAAGAUCCUUUCAGUCCCUUAAAUCAAGGAGAAACUCUAGUUUUGGGCGCAGAUUGUAGUUUUUGUAAAACAGCGGUCUGCUUGGGUUGUAGUAUAUUUUAUACUAAACGUUUUUGCAAAAAAUGUGCCCUUGCACAUAUUAAGGAUUUACCUAAGCAGUUGCAUAAAAAAAUUAUAGAUCUCUCAAAAGAUGAAAAAGAUGUUACAUAGUUUUAUUCUCUAUUUUGUAAUUUAAUCUUCGUGUAAAUAAAGUAUAAUUUAAAAA